CCCAUGCAUCUCGGCACCUGACACUGAGACGCAAAGCUCUGUAAAUGGUGUUGCCCGUGGAUAUAUAAGAGCGGGGGAAAGGGGCUCGGGGCAUUCACUCGACUCUUGGUCUUUCACUCGCCUCAACGCAACUCAAAAGAAUAAAAAAUGUCUUUCGCUGGUCUCAACGCUGCUGAAAUCAAAACAGCCCUGGAUGGCUGCGCAGCUGCCGACACCUUCAACUACAAGAAGUUCUUUGGAGCCUGUGGCCUGGCCAAGAAGUCCGCCGACGAUGUCAAGGCGGCCUUCCAAAUCAUUGACCAGGACAACAGCGGCUUCAUUGAGGAGGAAGAGCUGAAGCUGUUCCUGCAGAACUUCUCUGCUGGUGCCAGAGCACUCACUGACAAGGAGACCGCAGAAUUCCUAAAGGCCGGUGAUGCCGAUGGUGAUGGCAAGAUUGGAAUCGAGGAGUUUGCCAACCUUGUAAAGGAAUAAAUUUCCAUUCACCAAGAUCAACCUCUUUUCAUGGAACUGCGAGCUCCUUGCAAGAUUCAGUAGUCAUCAGCUGAAAGAAUAUUUUUUAUACCUUAUUUAUGAGUUGCCUGCAGACUAUUUCUCAACAUGGAACACAUAUUUUACUGUUUAUGUUAUUCAGGUGUGUUAUAUGUUCUGAAAAAUGGCAAACUGUACAACACCAUCUGCACUUCUGAGGAAGAGUGAAACACCAGGAAUAAAUACUCUUUUGGUGUAAAGUGA